CUCCAAAUAAUUAUAGCGCAUGUAUGUUAAACAUUAUAAACAGGGUAUUAAAGUUUGAUCAGUGGAAGCGAUGUAAUUUUUUGGAAGGGUACUAAAGUGCGGACUCACAACAUCAACGUUGCUGAGUGCUCUAUGUAGGGUGAAAGUUUCUAAAAUCCUGCUUUGUUGGCAAGAGUAAGUGAAUAGUUUGACGCAAAUCACUUUCUUCCCCUUCUUUUCUUCACAAGAAACGGUAAGGUUCUGUCGACUCUUCCCCUAUAACCUUCAAAUCACAUGCAGCAAAACCACCAUCCGUUGUCACCUUCAGAAAAAGGACACCAAAGGAUAAAUGUUCUAUUUUUUGACAUUAUAUUUGAUGACAAAAUGAUGUGGAAGGGGCCACCGAAAAACGCACCACACUCUUCAAUAGGCAUAAACACAACUCGAUGUCUGUUUUAAAUCGUUUUGAGUGUGUUAAACCACGUCUUUAAUUUGCGUUUUUUCCCUCAUAUCUCUUUGAUAUAUUGCCCUUCAUGCAGUGGUGUAGUAGCCCCAAAAAAACAAGGGGCUCUUGCCCAAAAUGUUGCGAAAAACGAUAGCAAAAGUAGAUAUUUGCCAAUUUUCGGCAUCAACAAGGGGGGCUCAGAGGGACUGAGCCCCCUAGCUCUACACCCCUGCAGUCUCAUGGAACAGCUGUUAAUCAUUGACAUCAGAAUCAUUUUGAAAUCAAAGGUGUGCUUUAAAUAGAAAUAAUGAAAACAAGGAGUCGACCUUCUUUACAAAACUUUACGUUCCUCUACUCCCUUUUAUUACAGGGCCUAUAAAGCUUUGGAAACUUCCUGUCAAUGCAUUUUAUACAUUUUCAUAAGAUUUAUUUAUAAGAAACCAGAUAAUUUGUACAGAGUGUCGGUGAAUACUUUGUCGGGCAAUCGACGCUCGGUAUGCUGAUGAAGUGUGUUCUUAUAGUAAUAGUUCAAGUUCUGUGUGUGUGUUUUGUUUGGUUCUUUCUCUGGGUAAUUGAAUUGGUACAUUGUUGAUAAAUUAAACAAUCAAAACAUGUACUCUUGCCAAAACAUGUGACCGAGGCCAAUCACUCAUGGCACGUGUGCGACCAAAACAACAAGUUUAGUUGUCCAGUGAGCAGAGUACGAUGGAGACGAGAAAACGACUGGUCAUAACUGUAGUCCUUUUGUCAUUGGCAGCAGAAACACUUCAAGAAAAAGGCCGAUGUAAAGAAUGGCAGUUCGAAACACGGAUUGCCAAUGAGUUGCAGUGUAUCGAUUGCUUUUGCAAUGGCAUCACUAGCCGAUGUAGGCGAGCGAUGUAUUAUAUUGCAAAGAUAGAACUAUCAGAUGUUUCAAAAGUUAGAGCUUUAAGCGAAGAUGCAAGGCUGCCGGAUAACGCUAUUUAUUUCAGUGCAAGCAACGAAGUAAUACUCGGAGAUGUUGAUGGCCUAGGCACCCGUGUCGUCUAUUGGGUAUUACCUCGAGAAUUUCUUGGAAAUCAGGUCUUUUCCUAUGGUGGUUUUUUAAAGUACUCAGUUUUCUACGAUGUAGUUGCAGAUUCGUCGCCGUACCGUGCUGCCGAUAUUAUAAUUAGGGGACCUAACAAGCAAACAAUUGUAUAUAAGGACGAAGAGCUUUUAUUCCCGAAGACCACCAAAGACGCUAGAAUACAAAUUUUAGAGAAAAAUUUCUACCUUGAGAAUGGAAGCAAAGCAACAAGAAGAGAUGUGAUGAAAGUCUUAUUGGAUAUAAAAGAAUUCCUUAUUCGUGCAACGUAUGCAAAAGAAACUAGAGUAACACUUCUCAACUCUGUGUCACUUGAUACAACUACACCAUAUUACACAAAAUAUGGCCGGGCAAAAUACGUCGAGCAUUGUCUGUGUUCUGAAGGAUAUCAUGGAUUUUCUUGUGAGGAUUGUCAAAGAGGAUAUACUAGGGACCAGUUGCGAUCAGGCACUAAAAGUUGCAUCAGGUGCCAAUGCAAUCGACAUACAUUGGAAUGCCACCCAGAAAAUGGAAUUUGCAAGAACUGUCAUGAUAACACAUUGGGUGACUACUGUGAAAAGUGCCAAGUUGGUUAUUUUGGAGAUGCCACCAGGGGAACAACUGAGGAUUGUCGCAGAUGUGCUUGUCCACUUCAAAUAGAUUCAAACCAAUUUAGUCCAACCUGCAAGAAGAUGGAGGAUGGCCUAGUCACUUGCACUGCUUGCAAAGAGGGAUACACAGGACGAGACUGUGGCAAAUGUGCGAAAGGCUACGCUGGUAAUCCAAGAUAUCCUGGAGGGAAGUGCAUCAAGACCUCACGAAGAGUCGACAGAGUGCCAAUGAUCAGCGUGAAACCAACGCAUAGGUUGGACCCCAUUGGCUACCGUGCCAUCUUCAGGUGUGAGGCAUCUGGAACGGGCCCGUUUCAUAUCACGUGGUCAAGGAAAGAUGCGAGGCCUUUGCCAGUUGGAAGAUCACGUGUUUUCUCAAGAGGCAGUGAAUGGAUACUGAUCAUUAGCAGUCUUCGAGUAGAAGAUGCUGGGGAUUAUGUUUGCAGUGCACGCAGCCAUUUUGGAAUUGCCUCUUACAGAGUUUCUCUGAAGAUUUACGCUAAUAAAGUCACGAAAAUUGCUGUGAGUGUAACACCAAAGUCUCUCAGAGUCGCUGAAGGAGCUUCAGCUCUUUUUCUUUGCAAUGUUAACACCGCUAUUCUUACAAUCUCACGUUCGUGGUCACGUGAUGGCUAUCGUUUGUUGCCCGAGACUGCAGAAGUGGUUGAUGGAACUUUGGCAUUUCGUAAUGCAAGAAGGGAAGACAGUGGAGUAUACACAUGUUCAGCAUCAAAUCAAGUAACGGUUGAUUCCGCGACUGUUGUCCUAAGUGUUGGAGCUUUGAUUGGACCGCAAAUAUCACUAUGGCCAUUGACACAGACGGUUGAUGUAGGUAAACCAGUCAAUUUUCAAUGCACUGCUACUGGUUUUCCUAAACCUGAAAUAUCUUGGUCAAAAUCAGGGAACAAACAAGACGAGGGAUUUAGAUACAUUUACUCAAACAACGGCUUUUUGAGCAUUGGAAAUGUUCGUGACAAUGAUGAAGGAGAAUAUGUUUGCACGGCUAGGAACAAAGUAGGAGAAAUCUCGAGAAAAGCAAUACUUUUUGUUAGAGCUCCAAAUAGAAAACUCUCAAUAUCGGUUUAUCCUGAAAAGAUAAAAGUUAAAGACGGUGAAAAGGUGACAUUGAAAUGUGCUGCAUCUGGACAGCCUGAGCCAUCAAUAAAUUGGAAUUUUAGAAAAGGUCAGAAUGUCAGAGUUCAUGGUGGCACAUUGACCUUUCUGAAAGUUAGUUUGAGUGACGAUGGUGUCUACCUCUGCACUGCAAGUAACCAUUACGGGUCAGUUAGUGCAAAGGUCAAACUGAAUGUUAUUGAAGCAAAUAGAAACGUGUCCCUGAAGGCAACCAUGCAUCCGCAGACUUUGGUGAUAGAUCAAGGAAAAUCAGCAUUGUUGCGAUGCAAUGUGACAGGAGAAUACUCAAAGCUUACAUGGAGUAAAGGCGAUGGUUUAUUGUCAUGGAAACACGAGGCAAAUAAAGAUCAAUUGAACAUCUCACAUGCUACGGAAGAGGACCAAGGAACUUACUUUUGCAUGGCCACGUACAAAGAUGUCGUUGCUCGCGCAGCAGCCAAUGUCAUCGUGCAAAAAGCUGUUUUUCCAAAGCUGGUUAUUCUUCCAAAAAGAAUUAGAAAUGCAUCUGUUGGAGACCAUGUUCAUUUCAGAUGUUCUGUGACAGAAGGUAGACCAGUUGACGAUAUUAUUUGGUACAAGGGAAAGGGCUCUCUUCUUGAAGAUAGCAAGGAACAAGGAAACAGCAGUUCAGAUUUAGUUUUAGAAUUUCAAAAGGUUAAAAAGGAGGACGAAGGAGAAUAUUUCUGUGCUGCCGUCAACAAAGCUGGCUUUGCAAAGUCAAGCGCUGUUUUGAAUGUUUCAGGAAAACCAAGAAUUGUAUUAACGCCUCGAGGAACAUAUAAUACAUCAAAGGGUGGCUAUAUCAUAUUUGAGUGUGAGGCAUCUGGUUAUCCUGUUCCAAAGGUUGAAUGGGUUUUGCCACGGAAUAGCACAAUGAAAAAAGCUACAAUAACAUCCUGGCCAGGAUAUGCAAGAAUAGAGAUGAAGGAGACGGCAAAUGCUAGUGGAGAGUACAUCUGCAAAGCUACAAAUGUGGAGGGAGAAGCUACAGACUGGGUGAAUGUCAGAGUGAACAGAAUGAAUAUGAGUCCUGUUGUAAAAGUCGAGCCAGCUUUAGUCAUCGCAAUUUCUGGGGAAGAGGUGGAACUCAAGUGCAACCUUUCAGGAGUUCCGACACCAGAAUUUGCCUGGAUAAAACUGCGAAGGAAUGCAAGAAGUGUUCUUUUGUCGAAGAGAAAUACUUUGGUAUUGGAGGAUGUACAGGAAAAAGACGAAGGCACCUACGCUUGUCGUGCCUGGAAUAAGUUUGGCACAGCUGAGGCUAGGACUAGGUUAAGAGUGACCGUUCCUCCUACGGUUGUGGUAUCACAGACCUCAGUUGUAAUUCUCAAAGGAAGGUCAUUCAGGCUGCACUGUAAGGCUACAGGCCAUCCAGAACCAGUAAUCAAUUGGACGAGACCCAACAUGGAUACAGCAAAUGCGUUUGACAUGAAUUCUCAAACAUUUGAAGUUCUUGAUGCAGGGCUCAAGCACGCAGGGACGUAUAAAUGUGCUGCUAAAAAUAUUGGAGGCAUUUCAUUCAGUUAUGUCAACGUGACAGUUCUCGUACCACCAGUAGUACUUUCAUCGUCUGAGCAAGAGAACAUAGAAAAGUUGGGAGAUAACAUUUCUUUCUUCUGCAAUGUCUCUGGAUACCCUGAUCCGAAGAUUAAGUGGCUAAAAGACCACGACACUGACUUGUGGGUGGAUGGGCCUAUUUUGAGAUUGGUUAAUCUGACAUCAGAGUCACAAGGGCAGUAUAAAUGCAUCGCAAGUAACCUGGCAGGCCAAACCCAAUCUGUCUUCAGCUUAGCAAUAGAAGAAGUACCAACUGCGAACAUUAUAGAGGAUAUUGGUACUGGAUCAUUGGUUAUUCCUGCUGGGAAGAAUAUAACAUUGAACUGUUUGUCUUCUGGAAACCCCGAGCCUGUGGUAAGAUGGGGGAAAACAGAAGGAAGACUGCCCAAAAGUUUCAUGGUGGAAGGUGGUAGAUUGAAAGUCAUAAAUGCCAGUGUAGAUGACGCUGGGACAUUCCGCUGCACUGCAUUCAAUUCGCUUGGCUAUGUUCAUGCCGAUAUUCGUCUUAUUGUACAAGGUGCUCCAACUGUUGAGGUGUAUCCAAAAUCAAUACAGGUUCAAAUAGGCAAAGAAGCCCGUGUGUCCUGCUCGGUUACAGGAACACCUACGCCAGCAAUAUCGUGGAAGAAGGUUGAUGGUCAUAUGCCUCCACAUAUUAUCGAAGGCGAUCAGCUAGUCAUUCCGAGAGUAAGCAGUGUGGAUAGCGGAGUAUACAUAUGCAUUGCUAGAAACAGAGCCGGUAGUGCAGAGGAUCAAAUAAAGCUCAGAAUAACAGAUUUCCUGCCUCGUUUCAGUGAAGAUGGUCUAUCCUAUAUCAUAUAUGGCAAAAUUCUAGGUGCUUUGUACCAAACCAAAAUUGAGAUUUCAUUUCGACCGGAAAAGCAAGACGGCAUUUUGCUUUACAAUGGGAAACCAAGUGCCGAUUUCGUUUCACUUGGAAUGCAGCGUGGCUAUGUAGUUUUCCAAUAUAAUCUUGGCUCUGGGCCAGCUUAUAUAAAAAGCCACGCUAGAAUUGACCUCUUUAAAUGGCACACUGUCAUCGCUUAUAGAGAUGGAUUAGACGGGACAUUGGCCGUGGAUUUAGACCCGAUUGUAUAUGGAAAGUCCAAAGGAAAGUAUACAGGCUUGAAUCUAAAUGGAGACCUUUUUCUUGGGGGCUAUGCGAGCUUAGAUGCGAUCAGAAUGCAAACGUCAUACAAUCGAGGUUUCACUGGCUGUAUAAGCCAGUUGCUAAUUGCUGGAAAGGAAUUCAAAAUCGGAGAAGAUUCCUUGAUGAUGGUUGGUGUUACCGAAUGCAACAUUUGCUUAACGCAGCCGUGUAAAAACGGAGGUACAUGCCUUGCAGCCUCAAGUAGGUUUGGGUAUAAAUGUGAUUGCCAGCCAGGGUUUACUGGUAGUGACUGCCAAGCCAGGGUUGCACGAUGUUUUCCAGGGGCAUGUGGUCCAAAUGGAGUAUGUUCUGACACAGAAAAUUCAGAGUUCCGCUGCAAAUGCCCUAUUGGGUCGUACGGAGAACGCUGUCAAUACGGAGCCACGAUAAUGUCGCCAUCAUUCACAAAUCAUUCUUUUAUGACGUUUCCUGGUAUAAAAGGAGCCUGGGAGGACUUGCAUAUUUUCAUCAAAUUUAUGCCAAGAUUGAGAGAUGGCUUGCUGCUUUUUAAUGGGGGCCUUGCCCCUUUGAAAUCAGAAAACGAUUACGUUUUGAUUCGUCUUAUCAAUGGCUAUGUACAGUUUGAAUUCAACAGUGGAUCUGGUGCAGCCGUCAUCAGGCACCAUGAGGUAGUGUCGCUAAACAAUUGGAACACCAUAGAAAUUGAACGGUACCAAAGAUAUGGAUCCAUUGCAGUCAAUGGAAUGACGGCUGUCAAAGGGUCAUCACCUGGUUACUCCAUUGCAUUGAAUCUUGGACCAUUGCUGUUUGUAGGAGGAUUAAAUGCAAGUGAAAGAUACACGUUCAACAAGACAUGGCUUUCUUAUCAAGGUUUCGAUGGAUGCAUUCAAGAUCUUCAUAUCAAUGACAGGAAAAUUGACUUGGUGACUGAAUUUAUCUCAAAUCAUGAGGUAAUGGACUGUCUUGGGACCUUGACACCGUGCACCCCGUCGCAUUGCAGAAACGAUGCACAAUGCAAGGUUGUGAGUGCUGCCACAUACAAAUGUGUUUGCCCAGCUGGUUUUUAUGGCAAACACUGUGAAUCGUUUACAAAGCGUUGUGGAAAAGUAGAUGGCUGCAAAAAUGGUGCUUCCUGUAUUCGUAUGAAUGGCAGUCCCACUUGCCAAUGCAAGCUUGGUUUUACGGGAAAAGGUUGCGAGAAAGCCAUUAAGAUUGGAAAUGAAGCUCUUUUUAAGGGUGAUGGGUAUCUGAAAUUUCCACGCCACAUUUUAAGAACCAUUGAGCUGACAUCAUUGCAGUUCGAUAUCAGAACAAAGGGUGACAAUGGACUGUUAUUCUGGUUUGGAGAGCAAAAUGAUGCUUCAAAUGGGAAGAGCCCAGAUUUUUUAAGUAUUGGAUUGAAAAGUGGAUUCCUUGAAGUCAGCUACGAGCUUGGAAGUGGAUUAGCCGUGAUACUGACAAAGACACCAUUGAAUGAUAAUAGCUGGCAUACAGUCAAAAUUUCUAGGUCUGCUAGAAAUGCAACUCUUUUCAUUGAUGGAAAACAUAUGGCACAUACUAAGUCACGUGGAAUCAACACCAAUCUGGAUAUAGAAGCACCGAUGUUCUUUGGUGGUGGUAAAGACGUCGCUGCGUUGACUGGCCAAAAAUAUAAGAACUCAUACACUGGAUGCAUUGCUAAUGUUCGUGUAGAAGACAAAGCCAUCUUGCUUCAGGAUAUGGCCGAAGAUGGGCGCAGUGUUCACCCAUGCACAGAAAACAGCAUUUAACACAGCGAAUUCUUUACUGCAAAUAUGUUUUCUACUUAUCUGCUGUUUAUAUAUACUUUUUACCAGUUCUAAUUUUGUACUGCACAUUUGUUACACAGUAUCUUCUCUAAUCUAUCAUGUAUUUUGUUUACGCUGGAAUGUUUUUCAGCUAGCAUGAAAAUAUUUCAAGCCCGUGA